AUGCCCGUUACACAGUUCAAUUUCAAGGAGAAAUACAGGUACCAGAACGGCUUCGCUUCCUAUCAUGAGACAGAAGCAGUAGAGGGCGCGUUGCCAAUUGCUGCCAACUCACCGCAGAGGCCCCCACUAGGUCUCUACGCCGAGAAGCUCUCUGGCACCGCCUUCACAGCCCCACGACACAAGAACCAGCAGUCAUGGCUGUACCGCAUCCUCCCCUCGUGCGGCCACAGCAGCUUCGAAGCCCGUGAAUCGAGCACCUUCAAUACAAACCCCGAGAACAAGCCAUGGGAGAAGAUCCACUUCAUUCCCAACCAGCUACGAUGGGAUCCAUUCGAUCUCGACGAGACAGUCGACUGGGUGCACUCGCUGCACCUCGUCGCCGGCGCCGGAGACCCAACCAUGAAGACCGGCGUGGGCUACUUCAUCUACGCAGCCGGCAAAGACAUGGCCGCAAACGAAGCCUUCUACUCUGCCGACGGCGACUUCCUCAUCGUGCCUCAGCACGGCGUGCUAGACAUCCAGACCGAACUCGGCCGUCUCGUCGUACGGCCAAACGAAAUCUGCGUCAUCCCGCGAGGCAUACGGUACCGAGUCACACUCCCUAAAGGACCAGUGCGAGGCUACAUCCUCGAGCUGUACGAGGGCCACUUUGAGCUGCCCGAGCUAGGUCCCAUCGGGUCCAACUGCCUCGCCAACGCGCGCGACUUCCAAGCCCCCGUCGCUGACUUCGAUGAAGACACAUCUAACUCCUGGACCAUUCUGGCCAAGUUCGCAGGGCACCUGUACGCCGCGGGGCAGGACCACACGCCCUUCGACGUCGUCGCCUGGCACGGACUAUACUACCCGUACAAAUAUGACCUCGGUCGCUUCAACACCGUAGGCAGCGUGUCCUACGAUCACCCCGACCCGAGCAUCUACACGGUUCUGACGUGCCAGAGUGCCAGCCCGGGCACUGCGAUUGCGGACUUCGUCAUCUUCCCGCCGCGCUGGCUGGUGGCUGAGGAUACGUUCCGCCCGCCUUGGUACCACCGCAAUACGAUGAGCGAGUUCAUGGGCCUGAUCCAUGGACAGUACGACGCCAAGACAGGCGGUGGCUUCCAGCCGGCCGGAGCCUCUCUGCACAAUGUCAUGUCUGGUCACGGCCCGGAUGCGAGCACGCACGAGAAGGCGUCCAAUGCACCUCUCGCACCUCACAAAGUAGGUGAGGGCAGCAUGGCGUUCAUGUUCGAGUCGUGCCUUAUGAUUGGGGUGACGGACUGGGGGCUCAAGAAGUGCCAGAAGGUGCAGGAUGACUACAACGCGGAAAGCUGGGAGCCGCUGAAGCCGCACUUCAGGUUAAGGCCCGGGCAGAAGAUCGACAACGGCGUCAAGGCGAUUGCGAAAGGGACUGAGGGCGACAAAGCGCAGGUGCCUCACUACAUUUGA